AUGAUUCUUACCCAGAACACAUACUCGACAACACAUCCUUUCUUUGUUCAGGGCAACAACACCGACAACUUGGACUCGGACAGCAUCGCCUCGUCGCCGCACUCGACUCUGUCGCAGUACUCCAACAACUUCCACACCUCGACACCGCUGUCGGCGACCUUUGACGUACCGAGGAGGCCCAACAUCAACAUCAACAACAACAACAACAACACCAGCACCUUCAAGUUCCCGGCCUCGUCCCCGUACGACCCAAGCCAGAGCCUCAGCCAAGUGCCAGACCUGAUGCCUUCCUCGUCCGAGUCGUGGUGGCUCCUCCAGAGCCAGCAGCAGCAGACGCCGAGGACGACGCUUCGCAUGGGACACAACCGCGAGUCGUCUCUGUCGUCGCUGAACUCCAACGGGCCCGCGUCUCCAUACAACGCAAACAUGUCGAAUCCGCAGAUUGCCAUCAACGACUCGGGCGAUGCGUUCCACGACCUAAGUGGCGACGGCAACUACUCGUAUCAAUCGACCAAGCCCAUGAUGAGCGACAACUUCUAUGCCACGCUGCAGAGCUUGACCAACCAGGGCAACGGUGCCCCGGACAUGCAGUUCGCCGACGGCCUACCGAGCCUGUCGGCACCCCAGCCCAGACGGUUUGAGCGAGGCCUCCUGCCUGCUGCCGACGUGUCGUCGAUUGGGUCGGCUACGAGAUCCCAUCCCGCGUCGGUGGCGAGUAGCACCAUUGGUGGUGACUCACCUGCCACGCCAUCGUUCCAAGAACCUGCCGAGGACGAGAACAGGAGGCGAAAGAAUGGUGAGAUGCCCGAACCCCCGACUGCACUACAACACUUCCUCGAGUUCCCGCCCGACGAAGAUGACUUCUCUUGCUUACACUUUGACGCAGCGACGUUCAGCAACGGCAACGUUCCCAAGCUGGAUCGCACCAUGACCGACGUCUACAGCGACGAGCUAUAUAGCCCGCACUUUACCAUCACGUCGGCGUCCCCACAGCCGCAGAACCAGAUGGCCAUGUCUCCGAGCAAUACUAUGUUUGCCGAGCGCCUGGCCCUGGCCAACAGCGCACACUUGAGCGCUGCGCAGUCCCCAGUAUCGGGAUCCUCGCGCAACAACUCGCCGUUCAGGCAUGGGUCCCCGUUGGCGCCCGCUCUGAACGACUUUUCUCAGCAGACCCCUCAGAUCCGACUCAACUCGGCCCAGCAAGUGCGCGAAAAGCAGAAGCUAGAGCGGGACGCCAAGGCCCUGCAGCAGCAGCUGGCCCGCAACAACCAGCAGCAGCAGCAACAGUCGCAGCAGCAAGGAACGCCCAGCACCAUUUCCCCCAAGGACGCCAUGCUGGAAUUCAACGAAGCGGAUGAUGCCUCCAACUUCCCGCUGUUCCCCCCGCAGGAGACGGCCACCUUUGGCAUGAACCAGAUGAGUAAAGCAAUGCCUCAACAGCAGCAACAGCAACAUCAUCAGCCGGCAGCACAGAACUUCCAGACGACGAGAACGCCGCUGCAGACGGCCUUUGACUUCAGCAUGCCCACGGGCAUCCAGAUGCCGCAGCAAUAUCCGUUCGUGGCUCGCCCACGCCAGCAGCAGGUCACGCCCUCGGUGUCGACCUUCUCGAGGAUGAGCUCGGCAGAGACCAACGGGUCGACGGGCAGCGACGUCUCGGUCCAGAGGCCAGCAAGGACAAAUGCCGACGGCGGGACAUACACAUGCACAUACCACGGCUGUACGCAGCGCUUCGAGACGCCUCAACUGUUGCAGAAGCACAAGCGGGAAGGUCACCGCCAGGCGAACACGCUCACUACGGCACGGACCCCAGUUACACCCAACCCGGCCAUGCCCGAGACAUUGCUGGGCAGCCAGGCGGGCCCUCACCGGUGCGACAGAAUCAACCCGAGCACUGGCAAGCCCUGUAACACGGUCUUCUCGCGGCCCUACGACCUCACCCGCCACGAGGACACGAUCCACAACGCACGCAAGAAGAAGGUCCGCUGCAACAUGUGCACCGAGGAAAAGACAUUCAGCCGCGCGGAUGCGCUCACAAGACAUUACCGCGUCUGCCACCCGGACGUUGAAUUCCCCGGCAAGCACCGCCGCCGUGGUGGUUCGUGA